AUGGACUCCAAGGAUUUGCUAUUUGGAAUUAUGUUCUUAUCACAGAGUGCAGUUGGAAUUGUGGGAAAUUUCACUCUCUUUUUCUACUAUCUAGGCCUUUACUAUCACGAACACUCAUUGAAGACCACAAAUUUGAUACUCAAACAUCUGACUGUGGCCAACUCCUUGAUAAUUCUCUCUAAAGGAGUGCCUCACACAAUGAGAGCUUUUGGGCUGAAACAGUUCUUCAGUGAAUUAGGUUGUAGAUUUCUGUUUUACUUUUAUAGAGUGGGCAGGAUCAUGUCAAUUAUCUUUACCUGUCUCUUGAGUGUCUUCCAGGCCACCACCAUCAACCCCAGCAACUCCUGUUGGAAGAAUCUUAAAUUCAAAGCUACGAAGUACAUUGGCCUCUUCAUUUCCCUCUGCUGGAUACUGUACAUGAUGAUAAAUCUCAUUUUCCCCAUAUAUAUUUCACAUACCGAAAUUCAUAGAAAAAACGUGACAGAGAAAAGAGAUUUUGAAUAUUGUUCCUCUGGCAGUCGUGACAGUACUGUAGACCGGCUGUAUGUAGCCCUACUGCUACUCCCUGAAGUUUCACUUUCUGUGCUCAUCAUCUGGUCCAGUGGCUCCAUGGUCGCCAUUCUGUACAGACACAAACAGAGGGUUCAAUACAUCCACAGCACUGUGUCCUCCAGAGCCUCCCCUGAAUCCAGAGCCACGCAACACAUCCUGACCCUUGUUUCCGCCUUUUUGACAUUUUAUACCUUCUCCUCCAUUUUACAUGCUUGCAUUGCUCUUUUGAAUAAUCCUUCUCUGUGGCUGAUGAACUUCACCAGCGUUAUUUCCAUGAGUUUCCCCUCCUUUGGACCCUUCAUUCUUAUGAGUCAUGACUCUACUGUGUUCAGGCUCUGCUUUGUCUGGAUAAAAAAUAAAAAAUCCUCCAAUCUUUUCAGCAAUUUGUAA